AUGGAGGCCGAGGAGGCUGCAGCAGUGGCGGCGAAGGCAGCGCUGCGGACCCCGAAGUGCUCCCGCUGGCCGGUGAAGGGCCACGCCGGCCACUGCCGCUGGAAGCUCUGCCUGUGCGACAAGUGCUCCCUCAUCACCGAGCGCCAGAAGAUCAUGGCGGCCCAGAAGGCCCUGCGGCAGCAGAUGCCAGACCCCCCGACCGGGGUGGCCUCGGGCCCCAUUCCCCCAGGCGAAGGCCCCGGGGUGGCCGCCGGGGUGGCCAGUGCCCCCGAGCAGAGUGGCCAUGAAGAGAUGAAGGGUACCCAGCCCGGCAGCAGCAGCAAAGGCAUGGCAUGCAGGGGGCCGCCGCUGCCUCCCAGCGGCCCUCCCUUCUGGGACUACGCUCACCCUGCUUUUCCUCCAGAAUACAUGGUCAACCCAGAAUACCUGGAGAGAGAACCUCCGAAAGUGUACCCUGGGUACUCUGGGGUAUAUCCUUACCACCCAUUUCCCAUGGGAUUUGCCAUCAAUCAGUCAAGCUGUAGGGGAGCGCCAUCACCUCCAGGGAUAUCACUUCAGAGAGGAUUCCGACAUAUUCCUAGCAACUAUGGGCCAGGGAAUGCAGCUUCUGUGCCAAUUCCAGAUGGAGGUGGAGAUUUCCAUCAAGGAUACUACACUCCUCUGCCUCAGUUCAUCCCACCAAGUUUUCUGCCAGGGAUUCAUUACAUUCCACCCCCCCUUUCACUGAACGUGUUGACUGAAACAGCCAAGGAAGCACAUGCUACUGAAGCUGACAGUCAGGAUUCAGGGAUGGUUCAUGAACCUGGCCAACCAUCUUCCCCAGAAGAAACAAACGGAGACCAGUCUGUAUAUUCUAAACAGUAAAUGGGCUGGAGAAGAGCUGAGUAGCAGGCAGCGCUGUUUGCAUUCCUGAGGAGAGCGUUAGUUCAUAUGAGGGUAGAGUGACACUUGGUCACUGAGCAGUCACAACACCUAGA